AUGAGUGAAAAUAGGGCAAAUGCCAAAAAGGAAAGCCAGGGUGGAUAUAUUGGAUUUGUCGCUGGAAUGUUUUCUGGUGUAGCAAAAAAUUUGGUUGGACAUCCCUUUGAUACCAUAAAAGUUCGGUUGCAAACGUCUGAAAAUCGGUUCAAGGGCCCAUUGGACUGUGUUUAUAAAACAGCCAGGUUGGAGGGCAUAAGAGGGUUCUACAAGGGCUGCACACCUCCAUUGAUAGGGUGGGUGGUGAUGGACGCAGUGAUGCUAGGCUCGUUGACCAACUACAGACAAUGCUUGAUGGAGACGGUUUACUCAGGACAGGAAGAGCUUCCCCUUGUGGGGCAUUGUCUAGCAGGAGUUGGAGCUGGAUGGACAGUGUCAUUUGUUGCUGCUCCCAUCGAACAGAUCAAAGCACGAUUGCAGGUGCAGUACGAUCCCAAGAGCAGGCUCUACUCAGGACCCAUUAACUGCUUGAGCAAGAUCGUUGGGAGCAGUGGGAUCAGGGGGUUGUACUCUGGAUUGUUCAGCACAAUGGUGUUCCGAACCAACUUCUUGUUCUGGUGGGGGUCCUACGAGAUCUUCACCACUCAGUUGAGGCAGCACACGCACCUCUCCGACGUGGCCGUCAACUUCUGGAGCGGCGGUCUUUCCGCGACCGUCUUCUGGGUGUUCGCCUAUCCCGCCGACGUCGUCAAGCAGGUCGUCAUGACCGACAGCCCCACCAGCCCUCGACAUGCCACCUGGGCUGCUGCUGUGGCGCACGUAUAUCGCACGAGGGGCUGGAGGGGCUUCUUCAGGGGCUUUGUGCCCUCCAUCCUCAGGAGCUUUCCCGCCAACGCCGCUGCCCUCGCCGCCUUUGAGUUCGUAAACACCGCUCUCCGGUAG